AUGGCUAAGACUGGUUUAUUGUAUUUCGGAACAUUUAGAUUUUUCGCUGAACUGCAAAUUUUAUUCUUGAGCAGGAGAGAGACAUUUAACCAUCUAGCAAGUUGGUUGAAGGAUGCACGGCAGCAUGCAAAUCCAAACCCGACAAUCAUGUUCGUCGGGAACAAAAGUGAUCUUUCUCACAGGAGGGCUGUUAGCAAAGAAGAGGGCGAACAGUCUGCAAAGGAGAAUGGUCUUUUCUUCUUGGAAGCAUCUGCUAGAACAGCUCAAAAUGUUGGGGAGUUAGACUCGAGAAUGAGUGAUGGACAAGGAACCCCUACGAAGUCACCCCCGGGCAACCAUCAUCACAAGCGCAGCAUCACGCAGUCAUUGCCUGUUUCCUGUCAGCAACAGGGUUUGAGAUAG